AUGAAGAUCGAAACCUGUUGUUUUUCCGGCUACAAAAUUCAUCCUGGUCACGGGAAAAGGCUGGUGAAGGCGGACGGUAAAGUUCAAAUUUUUAUCAACAAUAAGUGUCUGCAGUCUCACUUUCUUAAACGUAACCCACGAGAUGUGCCGUGGACAGUUCUGUAUAGGAGGAAGCAUAAAAAGGGCGUUCAUGGUGAAGAGAAUGUACAGAGGAAAAGAACAAAGCGUGUGAUACCAAUUGCAUCACGAGCUGUUGGCAACAUGUCCUUAGAGGCUCUUUUAGCUGCCAGAAAUCAAAGGCCCGAAUUCAGGAAAGCUCAACGAGAACAAGCGAUCAAGGCUGCUAAACAAGCCGCAAGGCAGGCCAAGGCUGAACGAAAAGCUGCAAAUAAGUCAAAGAGGGCUGCUACGACAAAACAAAAAGUUCCGAAGCCGGUGAAGAUGAGCCAGCCGCGUGUUGGAGGCAAACGAUGA